CAGGUUUUAUAUAACCGGAAGAGGAUCUGCGCUCUUUGAGAUCAGCCAGCACAUUUGUGUUGUUAAACAUUCGGAUCUUUAAGUAGCUGCUUCUGGGAAGCCCUACCGACUCGCUAACCUGGGCCAAACUACUCAAGCGCAUACAUAGUCUUUUAUUUCGUUUCAGCCUCUCGUAGUUUUACGUUCAUCACAGAUGGCAGGUACAGCGUUAAAAAGACUGAUGGCGGAAUACAAGCAGCUGACCCUAAACCCACCCGAGGGCAUUGUGGCAGGGCCCAUCAAUGAAGAGAAUUUCUUUGAAUGGGAGGCUUUGAUCAUGGGCCCCGAGGACACAUGCUUCGAGGGGGGGGUGUUCCCAGCCGUCCUCAGUUUCCCGUCGGAUUACCCGCUGAGCCCCCCCAAGAUGAGGUUCACCUGUGAGAUGUUUCACCCCAAUAUCUACCCAGACGGCCGUGUGUGCAUCUCCAUCCUUCACGCCCCCGGAGAUGACCCCAUGGGCUACGAGAGCAGCGCCGAGCGCUGGAGCCCCGUACAGAGCGUGGAGAAGAUCCUACUGUCUGUGGUCAGCAUGCUGGCUGAGCCCAACGACGAGAGCGGGGCCAACGUGGACGCUUCGAAGAUGUGGCGUGAGGACCGAGCCCAGUUCUACGUCCUCGCCCAGCAAAUCGUCCGCAAGUCCCUGGGCCUCUAGCUGCACGACCGGCGUCUGUGUGGCUGUCAUCUGUGGUCCCGGAGAGGAGAAAAGGAGAGAAGCCUGCAGAGAGC